CCAAACAGUAGACAGCGCGCAGUUUGGAGAACGCCUGUUGUAAUUUGAGGUUAAGUUGUGACCCUUGUUAUCCGUUAGGAGUUAAUAGUUGACAAUGUGGGGCGAAAAAGCGUUUGCCAAUGAUGGCGGUGGGUACUUUAACUCUUCGGAGGUGUCUUCGCCGGCGGCGAACACGAAACGCGGACCAAAACGGGCCCAGAACAUCGUCCCGGUGAUGAUGAAGCACUUGAUCGACAGCCCGGACGAACUGCAAAUCUGGGGUACGGAUGUGCAGAUAAUAACGACCGUUGGUAUCGUCCGUCGGAUAGACCCUUCGGCGACGAAGAUAACCUACGACAUAGAGGACGAAACCGGGACGAUAACGGCCUUCCACUGGAUAGAGGCAGACAAACCACCACAGGAGUCUGUCAUCGAGGUGAAUACCUACGUCCGGGUCUACGGCUCACUCCGCGAGCAGCACCAGAAGAAGCACAUUCUCGUUAUGAAAAUAUACCCCAUAGUAGACCUGAACGAACUCACCCUUCAUCUCCUGGAGACGAUAUACGUCGAUCUGAAGGGUGAGAAAUUGGCUGGGGCCGGCAACAUGGACGCGACUGGCAUCCAGGACUCGAAGCAACCUGUUGGGCUGCAGAAUUCGUUGAUGGAUUCCUCGAUAAUGGGGGCGAGUCUUGGCGGCAUGACGAACGACCAGAAAGCCGUCUUCAAGAUAAUACAGUCCGAAAACGACACGCCGAGCGGCAUCGAGAGGGAUCAGAUCAAGGCGCGGGUGCAGCCGCAUAUCCGUUCUCAGGUCGACGAUAUCCUCGAUUUUCUGGCCGGGGAAGGACACAUUUACACAACGCUUACCGACGAUCACUUCAAAACAACGUAAACAUAGGACACCCAACGUCGACUUGUUUAAAUUUUUCGGGUACUUGUUGAUCGGGUACCUUUACCCCUUUCUUUUUUAAAGAAAGUUGUUAUAGUACAAUAGAAUUACGUCAGUAAAAUUGAAAUUAUUCCAUUGCCAGUCUAUUCUUGAUGAACCGCUAAAUGAUGAGAAAAAAAAAAUUAUUUUGAAUGAAAAAAAUUAAAACAGUACGCAUUAAUUUUUUUUGUUUGUGCAUUUUAGUCGAUGCUGUGACGUUACGUGUAAUGCGUUGCAGUUAUAAUAUGAAUAUCAUAUAUUUUUUCUCAACUUCUCGCUAGAAAUAUGGUAGUGUUUAGUUCUAGGUUAAUCUGUGUUUACUUUUUUGUUUGUUCAUAAAAAACCGUAAUUCCAAAGACUAAUAAAAUGAAGCAAGGUUUUUUUUACACUCGUCUUAUACCAUUUUCCAUCUGCGCUUACAAGAUAUCUGCAAACAAGACGAUUUUCAUUCGGCUGAUUUAU